GAAAUCCAACCCACUCAAAUUCCUUAACCAAAGAGAGACCAGAAAAUGAUGUAGAAAACAUAAUAUCUCCCUCUCUGCGUCCGCCAUUUCUGUUCUGUUGAUCUCUCACUCUCUUUCCCAUGGAAACCUUACUUUCUUUGCACUCUCUUUCUCCUCUCCACAACUCAAAACCAUCCUCUUCGAAAUCCCAUUUGCUACCUUCUCUUCAAACAAGAUCAAACUCACUCUCUUUCACCCACAAGAGCAUCACUUCUAGCCUCAAAAGGCACACUUCUCAAUCUUUGUCGGUGCCCAAUAGCUGGUUCAGUUAUGCUCAACAAGGCCUAGCUGCAUUAGCUCUCUCUUUGGCACUCAACUUUAGUCCACUGUUGUACAUUGGAAAUGCUCAAGCAUCUGAAUUUGACGUGCUCAAUGAAGGGCCACCAAAAGAGUCUUAUAUAUUUGAUGAUGCUGGUGUGCUUAGUAGAGUGACUAAAUCUGAUCUGAAGCAGCUGUUAUCUGAUUUGGAAUCAAGGAAGAACUUCAAGAUCAAUUUCAUUACUGUUAGAAAGCUUACUAGCAAAGCAGAUGCUUUUGAAUAUGCCGACCAAGUUCUGGAGAAAUGGUAUCCCACUGUUGAAGAGGGCAGCAACAAGGGAAUUGUUGUGCUUGUAACCAGCCAAAAGGAAGGGGCAAUUACAGGGGGGCCUGCAUUUAUCCAAGCAGUUGGAGAAACUGUUCUUGAUUCCACUGUCUCGGAGAACCUUCCUGUCUUGGCGACGGAAGAAAAGUACAAUGAAGCGAUUUAUAGCAGUGCCAAGAGGUUAGUGGCUGCUAUCGAUGGGCUUCCAGAUCCAGGCGGUCCGACGACUAAAGAAAACAAACGAGAAUCCAACUUCAAAAGCAAGGAAGAGACAGAAGAGAAGAGGGGACAAUUCACUCUAGUGGUUGGAGGUCUAUUGGUGAUUGCUUUUGUUGUUCCCAUGGCGCAAUACUAUGCUUAUGUUUCAAAGAAAUAGGUCAUAACCCUGUUGUUAGGCUUGUUUCUCAAAUUCUUUCCUCUAGGUUUCGACAAAACCUGGUGGCACAUAGUUGUACAAAUGUCUGUAAUGUUCUUGACGAGAAACCUGCAACCAGAGGAGAAGUACAGAUUUUUGGUUUAUGUUCAUGAAAUGUGUAUAGAACCAUGGUUUCAUCUUA